CAGACCCAAGUCGCUUGCUCGGGGGUGUUGCUCGCCCCAAUGUGUUUUAUCGAGAGGGUUAAAUGUCGAGUUAUUUUUAAACUAUGGAAAGUCCCUUGCUUUACUAGCUACUCCCACAACAGUGAAACACCUCUCACCAUAUGCCGGCUUCAUGACGGAAAUAUAAAACUUGGUACAAUCAAUAGGACGGAUGCGCACAGUGGAAUACAGCAGUACAGCAGACGCAUCUAAUGCUGGGAGUCUUUGAAAAGAUUAUUUUCAAACUGAGUAUUUAUAUGCUAUGGAAGUAAGAAACCCCCUUCCCCAAUCACUUGAAGACAGCAAUCUGACCAAAGCGCUGAGACUGAGAGAACGUAUAGCAGCAGAUAUUACGAGGCUGCAGAGUGGGAGACCCGCCAUUCACCACCUCCGCUCCCUGCACCAGCACAGCGUGCACCUGUGUGGAUACAAGACUUCCAGCGCACGGUGCAGAGACCUCGUCAAGGAAUCUCUCUGUGACCCGUACCUCCUGAGACGCUUUGAAGACAGCCGGGGCCUGAACUGGAGCAAACAAGCAAGCCGUCUCUUUCCUCUGAAGAAUCCUGGGAAAAACAACAGCCUGCUGGAUGCCGUGUCUCUUUACAUGUGGGGAGUGUGCGAUGCUGACUCUGUGCUCCACGCUGCUCUCUAUCACACCCUGGCUGAAAGCAGUGCAGCAGAGCUUGGGCUGCGCAGGAGAGCAGCCAGAUACAGAGCUCCUCCCCUGCCUCCUGACUCUGGGAUCUGCUCUGAAGAAUGGCAGAAUAUAGUGAAGACAGCCAACCCAAAGGCAAAAGCAGAGACAUCUAUGAUCCAUUUCUAUCAAGAUAUCUAUCUGCAUGUUUUGGCAAACAUCACCAGAAGGCCAAUUAUUGUCAUUGCCGGUAAGUUAUCGCAUCUCUUGUGCGUCGAUAUCUAUUUAAGGUUUAAACGUUGCUGAGGGGAAAAAAAAGAGAUUAAACUAAUCUAAAGCAGUUGAAAAACAACGUUUAAAUCAGAAGAUUUAAUUCACCAGAAUAGGCUUGAAAAAAAAACAGCCCCUGACAAAACGUUUCUUAAAGCAGUCCUUAUAGUUCUGUGAAUCAGGCAGUAGCUAGGACCAGCUUAAUAGAUAUUGAGCUCCAGCUCUUGCACAGGUAAAACAUGUUGAUGAAUAUUGUAUUAAUCUUAACAGUGGUGAAUCCUCAUAUUAAGUGCUUCAAUGUGGAUUUGUUUUAUUGGGGGUGGGGGCUGAUAAAGUCUCUUACUGCUGUAUUUAACCACAUUGUUCCUUUGCUAGAGGACCCUGAUUCAACUGUUC